AGUUGCGAAGGUUAAACAAUCUGUUAAUACAUACGAGAGGUCAGUGCACGUCACGUAGUUAUUAUUCAGAGUUGAGAAUUUUGUGUAAAUUUAUCUAUUGCGAAGUGUAAUACGAAAGAGUUCCUGAGACUCUCUCGCGGCAAGACAUUUCGAGAAAAUACGCGGAGGUCUCAGGUUUUACAGAAUUCGAAGUUAAGGACUAUUCUCACCGCGAAAGAGAAGUGUCCGCGUACUUGAGUGGCAUAACGCUGUUGUAUGUAAUUGUGAUAUUGCAUUUGAAAACUUUAUUUUAUUAAAGCACAGCCGUCCAUUUGGCGUCUGUGAAGGACAGACAGAGUGUGUGACAGGUUAUGUCAACUGGAUUGGCAGGUGCUGUUUCAAAUCAGCGGAUGAAAGGACAAACUAACAAUCAAGUGAGCAAUGGUCCUAAAGAACACCAGCAGCAGCCGCAGACAGAACAUGCUGGUGGAGAAGAUACUGGAUUUGAUUCAUGGAGAGGAGGCAAUAAUACGCAUCACUCAAGUUAUCCAAUUGGUACUGGUGACCCAUACAGUCCUUACUAUGCAGGUACUUCGUUCCCUUAUCAGGCAUUUGGAGCUGGGGAUGGGACUUGGUCAAACGGAACAGAUCCUGUCGCAUUUCUUUCUGGAUACGGAGGUCAAAUAGGUCACGAUGCAUAUGGCAUGGAUGGAAUGUUUUCUGCUAGUGCGGGAGGUGGUUUUAAUACGUUUAGCCAACCUGCUUUUAAUUAUUUUCAUGGAAAUGGUGAUUUUAGUGCUUGGGGCACUCCGAGAAAGACACGCUACGAAGAUUAUUAUCAAGCACCACGUGGAAAUGAAAACUACCCGACACCUAGCAAUACAGAAAUUAAGACUAUUGAACAGAGUGUACAGGGCUUGUCAUUAGGAAGUGGAGAAGUUCCUCGUCAAGAACAACAAACAGCAUCUAAUCAAUCGAUAAAGCCAGAAACAAAGGAACCUAGAAAAAUAACAUGGGCCAGUGUUGCGAGUCAGCCUGCCAAACCAGUUCCUCCGCUUUCAUCUUCGCAAGGAAUGAAAAAGAAGGCUGGAAUGCCACCACCACCUAUCGUGCCAGGAAAACAUAAUAUGGAUAUUGGGACAUGGGGCGAAGGUAAAUCUUCUGCACCUCCUCCGACCGCACCACCACCACCACAGGUACAGCCUCCUGUUCCACCACCUCCACCGCUGGUUCAAAGACAAAGACCUCCUCCACCGCCACCGUGUUGGAAUAGACAACCCACAACAUCCCCAUCUCCGCCACAGUCACAGAUUCAUAUGCCUCCGCAACAGCAUCAACAUCAACAUCAGCAACAACAGCAGCAGCACCAACAGCAGCAUCCGCAGCAACUACAACCACAACAACAACAACAACAAAUUGCCCAAUCACAAUCGCAUCCUGUUUUAGACGAAUUAAAGGUGAAGAAUGAUUAUAAUCCCGUAGAAUUUGAUCAAACUGCUCCUGGAGCUAGGUUUUUUGUAAUCAAGUCUUAUUCCGAAGAUGACAUUCAUAGAUCCAUUAAAUAUGAGAUUUGGUGUAGUACUGAACACGGUAAUAAAAGAUUGGAUCAAGCGUAUAGAGAAGCCAGCCGGGAAGGUGCUCCUUUAUACUUGUUCUUUUCUGUAAACGGAUCCGGCCACUUCUGUGGUAUGGCACAAAUGGUGUCACCUGUUGAUUACCAGAGCAAUAGCUCUGUUUGGUCGCAAGAUAAAUGGAAAGGUCAAUUUCGUGUACGUUGGAUUUACGUUAAGGAUGUUCCUAAUGUGCAACUUCGUCACAUUAAACUAGAAAAUAAUGAAAACAAACCAGUGACUAAUUCGAGGGAUGCGCAAGAGGUCCCUCAUGCGAAAGGCGUGACAGUGUUGCGUAUAUUACAUACUUAUCGGCAUUCGACUAGUAUUUUUGAUGAUUUUGGACAUUAUGAACGUAAGCAAGCAGAAGAGGAUCAACGUAAAGCACCACCGAAUGCUAUACAACAUCAUCAUUCUUCCAACCAUAGGAAUAGGGGACAUUCAGAUUUACCAAGAGAUCAUCAUCCUCACCAGUCACAUUUACAUCAUCAGCGCAAAGAUCGAGAUGGUGGUCGUGGUAGAGGUAGAGGAGGUACCCGCCAGUAGCGGUGGAUACAAAAAGAAUAUAAUACUAUUCAUGAUAGUAAUCGUCAUAAAGGAAGCACGUUACGACUAAUUAUCGUCUUACUACUUACCUUUGCUUUCUUGGAUACACAAAGGGCUUCUAAUUCCUGUGACAAAACUCUCAUCAAUUGAGACUAUUUCCUUCUGUUAAAUAAUCAACUUGUAUGAUAAUUAGCGUCGUGUCGACAUUAUAAAUAUUAUCUAAUCAUAACUACUAUGAAGAGGAACAUAAUUCAAUUUCAAGGGAUAUUGGGUAAACUUGCUGACAGUUAUAAGCAUAUAGUGUGGUGUUGCGUGCUAUUCAUCGAAAGGUGUUUCUUAAACGUACAAAUUAAAAGAAAAAAAAAAUGAAAGAAAAAAAAAAUGAUAUGGAACAGAGAAGAAAAAACUGUAAUAUGUGAACUAACCCUUGUAAAAUGCUUAAACUUUUGUUGAUAAUGAAAAAAAAUCUAUGCGAGAACAAUAUUGUAAGCAAGUGUCAUUUAAAUCAAUUACCAUUUUAAACUUUGAUGGACAUAUAACUUGGUGCCUGUGGCUGAAAGGACUCACCUUUCUUUGUUAAAAAAAGGUGCAAGGGCUUAUUACGACGUUUUAAGUUUAUUUGUAACAAUUAUGCUUGAACAUUGGAUAAUAAUAGAAAUUAUUGUCAACUAA